AUGGUGGCAUCACGAGAUGCCGCUGUUCUCGCCGCUCUGAAGCAGCUGGAGGACGUGCGUGAGCGCCUGCACAGCGCCCUUCGUGAAGCCGCCUUCAGCUUCACGACUGCGCAGCGGGAAGAGGAAUCGACGCGAGGCUGUUUCGUAUCCUUGGAUGCGGUACCCACGGCGCAAGGCACUCUCGAAGCCCUCGUGUCUCUCACACAGACGUCCGCCACUACCUCGACAAGUGGUGUCGAGGAGACCGGCUGUGGCGAAAGCGAUGAGGCUGCCCGAAUCCGCAGCAGCAGUUGUGCGUGGGAGAUGCUGCUGGUAAGCGGUGACCGAAGGAAGAAGCAGAUGCCCGCAGCUGCGUCACAGCACGCACCCCCCGCACCCAACUGUGGAAGUGAAGCGUCAGAUCUUUUUCCUCCAGACCCGAUCUACUACUUUAGUGAGUACCCCUCCAGUGCCCUGCGAGAGUGCCAGGAAGCGUACAGGCGCGUGUUGCGCUGCGCCGUCGAGACUGUGAAUGCGCAGCAGCGGGCGCUGGCGGAAGCGGUGGCAAUGACGAUGACAGAUGCACAAGAAUCGUAA